GCAGUACCUGAAGGCAGCGGCAGCCCUCUCCUCUCCUCCGCCUGUCCAUCCAUCCGUUCACCGGUCUACUAUCGUGUGUGUGUGUAUGUAGAGUGUGGACUGGAGCGUCAUUCUCCUCCUUUCUUCCUUUCAGUGAACGCGCAUCACUUGUGAAAAACGGCGCUCGAGACCCAGAAGUUUCUUGUCCGUCGGAUCGGCUAGAUUCGCUCCGCUCUCCCGCGAUUUCCUUCCCGUACUUCCCGGUUUCAUUUUUAUCCUCAUCCUCACUUUCUGUUUUUUUUUCUUCUGACUCGAGGAAUCAGUCGGGGUGUACAGGCUAACACUGGGCGUAGCUGGAGAGGAUUUUGCUAGCUCGCCGCUGCACUGACUGGUGUCUGUCACACAGUCUGCUGCUCUCUCACACACGCCAGCAGCCAAGUAAACAAGACAGAGACAGAAAAAGACUUGUUCCUUCCUCUCAGCGGGGCCUUUGUUCUGCUUCAGUUUGUCUGAUUGAGCAUCCCAGCAGCCCACUGACCCACUGGAAAUCAAUGAGUAGGAAUGACUGCGCUGCAUAGCAUAAAGGAGUUCACUUAACAAUCUGCAGGGGUGAAGGAGCCUGGGGUGUGUUCUUGUUGUGACCCCAGUGUCUUCAAGAGAUCAGUCCUUGCUGUCUCCAGAGAGCCUGUAGACCUGUGGCCAACCUGUGAGAUUUAAGUCAAUCAGCCCUGCCCUGCAGAGACGGACCACUACCACUCUAGGGGAGAUGAAGCCGGAUGGGGUUUCCACGGCAGCACUGGAGCCAAUGGAAGCGCUGGAAUCCAAUCCAGGAAAUGAGGGAGCACCAGCCGUGGGACAGGAGCCCAACCAGGCAGCCAGUCCAAUGGAGGAGGAGAUGCCACAGCAGCCUGUAGGGGAGAUGAGCCAGGUGGAACCCCAACCAGAACAGGCCAAGGACACCCCCGCUGCCAAGACCAGCAACAAGACCUCAGGAGACUCCAAAGCCAAGACUACCAACAAGGCCACAACUAAGACAAAACCUACCACCACCAGCCCAACCAAGCCCACAGCUGGCUCACGGUCCAACACAUCCCAGAGCCGCCUCUCUAACGGUGUGUCUAAGCCUCAGACCAAUGGAGUGGCUAAGAAAUCCACACCUACUCCAGACAAAAAGAGCAUUCCGACCUCAGCUCCCGCCAAAAAACCAACAGGCACGGCCAGCGUUGCAGCCUCCAAGAGCAAAGUGGGUGAGAAGAAAACCACAGGGGCUGCCCCUGCCACCAAUGGUGCAAAGUCAACGACCGGACCAACAGCAGCCAAGAAGACACCAUCCACAACUGCUAAUGGUGUCAAAACCAACACCACUGCAGCUGCUGCUAAAAAGCCCCCAGCUCCAAAACCUGCCUCUGCAACUCCCACCAAGCCUAGCUCUGCUGCCUCACCUAAGCCCAAUAAGCCCCCUGUUUCCAAGACAACCAGACCCACAACUGGCACAGCAGCAUCAUCUCGUCCGGCCACAGGCUCAACCCGGCCACCCUCUACCAGCACAACCAAGAGCUCCACAGCUACAGCCAAACCCGCCACCCCUAAAACCCCCUCCGCCACUGCCAAGCCUGCUGCCUCCAAACCAACCUCCACUACCCCCUCUGGUGGCAAACCUCCAGCAUCACAAACAUCCAGAAACUCAACCCCUGUGAAAAAAGAUGUUACCAAACCAGCCACCCCAGCAGCCAAAAAGCCGGCAGAAUCUCCACGCCCUUCAUCUACAACAAAGUCAGCAAAACCUGAUACCCCCAAAUCAGCCUCAAAAUCAGACGUCACUGCCAAAAAGCCUACCACUACUAAGGCUGCAGACACCAAGACACCCAGCCGCUCCAAAACACAAGAGAGUAAGCCCACACCUUCCAAGGAUGUUUCCAAGGCACCUGGCUCCAAAAUGGCUGCCAAGACCUCCAGCCCCAAGAAGACUGUGGGCAGCAGCACCCCAACUCCUGUGAAACGUGGCCCCAAAGCUGCAACAGUUGCUGAACCUGAAAAGGAAAUUUCUGCCACCGUAGCUGCUGCGGCAGCUAUCGCUACUGCGGCAGCUGUCAUUGCCGGGCCACAGGAACCAGAACCUCCUGCAGAAGUUGCUGUGGAACCACCUGCCGCAACUCUUGAAUCAGUACAGGAAAAACUUUCAGAACCCACACCAGAACUGGUCUCUGCACCAGUGUCAGAACCAGUACGAGAACCUACACCAGAACACAUACAUGAACCAACGCCAGAGCCUGUGCGUGAACCAACGCCAGAACCUGUACGCGAACCAACGCCAGAACCCAUGCGGGAACUGACACCAGAACCUGUACGCGAACCAACGCCAGAACCCAUGCGGGAACCGACACCAGAACCCAUGCCGGGAACCGACACCAGAACCUGUCCGUGA